CACACACACACACACACACACACACAAGGAGGUAGAUAACUCUGUGAUUCCACUGCUGAAUUUUUAACGCUGUUGUGGAACUUUUUUUUUUUUCCAGGCGGGUUACUGUGGCACCAGGGUACUGUUACACUGACAGAGACAGAGAGCGACAGGGUUCAGUUCAGUACUGUUGUUCACUGAGGCUGGACGGAAACAAGGCUGUUCAUGGGGUGCACGGCCUGUCCUGCCCUGAUGCCGUUACCAUAGCAACAUGACCCUCAACACCCAGAGAGAGAAGGAGCCCCUGCGGCGGCGAGGCAGCACGCCGAUUCCUCCCGCCAAAUUCUGCCAGCACUCGUCUUGGACUCGAGCUCCUCAGUUGCCCAGCCCCAGCGCCCAGACCAACCCGGAGAAGCCCCGCACCCAGCGCAGCCACCCUCCUCUGGGACAGUCGGCAUCCUACCAUCCUGGAGACAAGUCACUCCACUACCGUGCCCAGUGGAGUUCAGACUCGGAGGACGACUCGCAGAGCGACUCGGACUGUGUUCACAGAGUGGUGCUGCUAGGUGACCAUGGUGUCGGAAAGACUAGCCUCGCAGGAAUCUUUGCUGGGAUCACAGAGAAAGAUGAACAACCUGGAGAGGAUACAUACGAGCGGACACUGACAGUAGAUGGAGAGAAAACCACACUCAUCGUCAUGGAUACCUGGGAGAAUGAUAAACUGGAGGGUGAGGACAGUUCCUCUCAGGACGACUGUCUGAAAGUUGGGAGUGCUUAUGUCAUCGUUUACUCUGUCACCGACCGCUCCAGCUUCGAUUCUGCCUCUGAGCUCCGUAUCACGCUGCGACGUGCCCGACAGGCUGAAAACCUUCCCAUCAUCCUCGUGGGCAACAAGAGCGACCUAGUCCGGUCCAGAGAAGUCGCUGUGGAAGAGGGCCGAGCAUGUGCGGUAGUGUUUGACUGCAAGUUCAUUGAGACUUCGGCGUCUCUGCAGCACAAUGUGUCUGAGCUGUUCGAGGGCGUGGUCCGACAGAUCCGCCUUCGUCGGGACGGCAGAGAAGUUGUAGAGCGCCGACGCUCCAUCUACAAACGCAAAGAGAGCGUUACCCAGAAGGCUCGCCGCUUCCUGGACCGUCUGGUAGCACGCAACAACCAACGCAUGGCGGUCAAGGUGCGGUCCAAGAGCUGCCACGACCUGGCCGUCCUCUGAAAAGUCCUCUGAAGACAUGUGUCCACCACUUUCUUUGACUUUGUUGAAGUUCGCUCUGGUUGUGAUAUUGUGGACGAUGACGUCUGCAGUGAUUCUCACGCUCAGCGAGUCGACAACAAAAAUGACCUGUCGCGUACAGAGUCAGCGGACAGUUAUGUGCUGUACGUACGUCGUUGUGACCACUGUGACAACAUUGAAACAAAUUUUCCUCUUUUUGACCAUUUGGUUUCAACAUUUUUGUGACUUUUCCUCCAGGUGACCUAAAUAGAAGAAAACUGACUGUGGUUCUUCACUGUAGGGUUAAAGAUUGGAUACGUGUUCAGUUGUCUGUGUGUUAGUGUGUGUUUGUGAACAGGUGACUGUUCCAGAUGUCCUGUAGUUUCCAAUGUGUCCACUGUGCUCUUCUCUUGAGGUUUCUACUGUGUUCAGUUCAACACUGUGCAGAAUAAAGUCUUAAAGGAACAGUCCUCUCAAAAUCAUGUUUUA